CAAACAGGAGAACCGCACCAAGAAGGCGGUGGAAUAGCAGACGAAGACAAGACACGCACUGUCGCAGCUAGGUUAGGAAGCGUUGCGGCAAGUUUGUUUUUGGUCGAAUUAAUGCAAUACCGUCCCUAAAUUCACACGAUGAGCUUCUUUACUGCGCCGAAAUGGGACGUGGACGAGCAAAGCGAAAACCUGGCACAGAAAGUUUUCGGUGGAAUCGGAAAAUCAAAGGCCAAGAAAAAGAGAAAGAAUGAAUUGAAGAAGCAGCAGAAGAAAGGAUUGAAUUCAACUCCAUCAGACCUCAGUCAAACGAAGAUUAAACCACCUAAACCUUUGGGAGGAUUGUUGAAUAAUGUACCCUCAAAAAGUUCAAAAGAUGGGUUGAAAGUAAAGCCACCUGGAGAGAAAAUAUCAGGGAACCAAAACGGCAGUAUCGAGCAGCCUGACGGAAUGAAUGGUAAAAUGUCCAGAGCUAAGCGAAAGAAACUGAAGAAGAAGCAGCAGCAACUAUCGAAAACUUCAGUCUCAGAAGCGGGGACUCUUGCAAUGAAUGCUCCAUCCAUAUCUCCCAAUGAGACCAAAAAUAAGAAGAAAAAGAAAAAAAAUAAUGUAGAAAGUGCUGUUGGUUCUCAAAGCAAAUUGGAGAGGCUAUUUGAAGUAGAAAAGAAGCGGAAGAAAGUCAAGAAAGUGAAAGAGGCUCAGGGCAAUAAGCCAUCUACAACAGAAAAUCACACAAGCAUAUCCCCACCAUUAUCAGCUGCUGACAAAAAGCUGAAAAAGAAAUUAAAGAGACAACUGAAAAAGAAGAAAAAGACUGAAAAUCUUGCUCUUGCUAAGGAGAGUUUGAAUAAACACGAGGUUGUUCUCAGCAAAAAAGCAAAGAAGAAAAUGCUUAAAAUUGCCAAAACUGUGUCUGAAGGCAACCUAGAGAAAAUGCAUACGCCACAAUCUGUGCAAGGGACAGCCAAUCCUUCUCUUGACACAUCUACAACAUCAUCCCCAGACCUGAAAGAACACAAAAAUUCAAAGAAAAUUAAAAAGAAGAAGAGUGAUGUUCCAACAGACUCAGUUGAUGGAAACUUUGUCAGCACCUUCAAAAAUUACAAAUUAGGUUCUAAACUGAAGAAAAGUCUGUUACCAGAUAAUGGAGUGGCAGAAAUGGUUCCCGACAAGCUUUCUAAAAGAAAACUAGCUGUUUCAAAACUUCUUAAAAAAGCCCGCGUUCUGAAUUCUAGUAUGUCCUCUGAAGAGAAAACUAGAGCGGAAGCUCCCAUUAUGGAUUCUACCAUAUCUUAUGAUGUAAAGAAGGCAAGGAAGUUGGUGCGAGAAGGUGCAUCUAAAGGUCCUAGUUCUAGUAGCCCAAAAAGUAAGAAGUCUAAGCAAGGACCUGUUUCACUUCGAGAAAAAAUGGCUGAACAGCUGAAGUCAGCUCGCUUCAGGUGGCUCAAUGAACAGUUAUACUGUUCGAACAGUUGGGAUGCUCUGAAGUAUUUCAAAGAAGACCCUGAUGCUUAUGAAGCAUACCAUUCUGGCUAUAGGAAUCAAGUGGCACAGUGGCCGUUGAACCCUGUUGAUGUCAUCAUUCAAGCUAUUUCUAAGCUCCCAAGUGACUUUGUUGUGGCCGACUUUGGCUGUGGUGAUGCUCAACUUGCAGCAUCCUUGCCUGACCGUAAAGUUCACUCCUUGGAUCUGGUAGCCUCAAAGCCUGGUGUUAUUGCCUGUGACAUGGCACAUACACCUCUUUUGUUGGAAAGUGUGGAUGUUGCUGUCUUUUGUCUCUCUCUCAUGGGAACGAAUCUUAAUGACUUUAUUUUGGAAGCUAAUCGAGUGAUGAAAACAGGAGGGACGCUUUACAUCGCUGAGGUUGAGAGCCGGUUUGAGGAUAUUGACAACUUUACAAGUGCCAUGGGGCAUUUUGGCUUCUCCUUGAAGAAGAAAGACAUAAGUAAUCAAAUGUUUAUUUUCAUGGACUUCAAGAAAGUCCGGAGAAUCACAAAGACUGGAAAGUUGCCUGACCUGACUUUAGAACCUUGCCUUUACAAAAGACGCUAGAUAGUGGCAUACAUAGGUUCAAUGAGUUUAUUUAAAUGUUCAAAGUUUUGUUUGUGAUUCAGUUCCACCUUUAUUUAACUUGAUUCUUCAAUUGCACUUUGACUUUCACCAGUGAACUUAAUUAUUGUUUACCAGGAUCAUGUGGUAGUUAUGAAAAAGAUUCUUGUAGGACAGCACAUGUACUAUUUUAUUUUGAAUUGCUGACACAUUUUCUGCACAAUAGCAACUUUGAUUUGAUUGAUUGAUAUUUUACCAUUGUUUGACAAACUGUACAUAGUUCAAGAAGGGUAUCAAAAUUACCUAUGUGAUUUAUAGUAGUAUAAAACAAUGUAAAACUGUACAAACAUAAUAAUUAAAAACUUGUUUUUGAUUCAA